GUGUUUGUUCAGUGCGAUGAAGCGAUUCGGGUGAAGCCAAUGCAGCAAGUGGUGUCUGAGUUGGCUUCCGAGCAACGGCCUUGCCCAAAGGGCCAGGUCACAAUGAGCCGAGCACAACGCUUUUACGAGCGGCAGCAUGCGUGGUUGCAGGCACGGGAAGAUGAGAAGCGAGACCUCCGGAAGGAACACAUCUUCCGUGCUCUCCAAGAGGAGGCUGAGGCGCGAAAACGCGAUUGCUCUCCAUACCCUGAAGAGAAAAAGUUGCGCGGUCUGUCCCGGUCCAUUUACGAUCGGCAGAUCGCCUGGAUGAGACAAAGAGAGGUGGGAUUGGAAGCGCAGCGUGAGGCCCAAUUUGAGGCUGCGACAUGCCGAGAAUCCUUGAACUCUACCACUCCAAGGAAGAGACCGUCUUCAGCUCCCGCUACUCCUCGGAGCCAAAGUCCGGCCAAGGCCACAGGUGAGGCGAUCCUGGAAAAGCUUAGGAACGCGAGGUACCUGGAGAGAAGUGAUCGCCUUCCAAGGGACCAUAGCCCACCACGGGGUAAAGGGCUGUGGAGCACAUCCUUUGCGAGGAGCGGUAUGGCCUUUUGUGGCACUUGCAACCGCUGGAGCCCCCGCCGUUCACCUUUUUGUCUCCAUUGCGGGCACAAUCGUGUCGUUGCCGAAGAUCUUGGAUUGGAUGAAACAGCUGAUUUUGGACAUCCUGGUGGCGAAGAGGUGCCUGAUUGUGUUGGCUCAUGGUGCAUGCAUUUGGAACUAUCAGAGAUGGCGAACGUUGGGAGGAGCGCAUGCUCUUGAAGGAAACAAA